AUGUAUGAUGGUGUGAGGCAACAGUUGGAUGAGGGGGUAGGUGCUCAUGGUCAGAGGGUAGAAGUUGUUGUUGGUGAGGCUGAGAUGACAGAAGCAUAUGAAAAUGAGGGUGAGAGGAAAGAAGCACAAGAAGUUGAAGUUGACGGUGAGAGGAUAGAUAUUGAGGGAGGUCAUGCUGAGAGGACAGAAGCAGAUCAAGUGCAGGAAGAGAGGAUAAAGGUUGAGGAAGCUGAGGUUGAGGAAACUGAUGCUGAGAAAGUAGAGGUUGAGGAAGCUCAUGCUGAGAGGACAAAAGCAGAUGAAGUGAAUGAAGAGGGUGAGGGUAAUAGGAUAGAGGUUCAGGAAGGUCCUGUUGAGGCUGAGAGGAUAGAAGCACAAAAGGGUGCACAAGAGGGUGAGGGUGAUAAGUUAGAUGGUGAGGGUGAUAGGUUAGAUGGUGAGGCUUACACAAUAGAAGUAGAAGACUUGGAGGAUAUAGAAGUUGAAGUCCGUGAUUGGAGUACAUCACGUGAUGGUGAUGAUGGUGAGAUGAAUAGUGAUGAUGGGUUAGUAGACAUAAAUGUGCAGUGUGAUGUAAGUGAAAGUUUUACUAAUUUGGAGGUUGAGGUUGAACCUUUUUCACCUGGGUAUGAGUCAGAUAUGGAAGAAGAUGAGAUUAAUGAUUUGAGUUGGUUCAAUGAUGAAUUGGAAUUCUGA